UCCUUAUCCUGUCGAUGUUGACAUGCUUGCUCGCUUCUCUGAAGACAUUACUGGGCCCCGGCCCCUUCAAGUGAUCCGAUCGGCGCGAGUUCCUCGCCCGGCCCAGGCUGGAAUCGUAAUUCGCGAACCUCCGCCGGAGGGGAGUGCGCCGCGCCCUGGCCGCCGCACAACCAGUGCUUCCCCGGCCGCCGGACAAUCUGGAAAACAGAAAGCAGUGCUCGCUGAACCUGCAGCCGAAGAUUCUUCUUCUUCUGAUGACGACGAUGCACAAACCGUCGCAGCUGCUCUAGCUCGCAAGCGUAGUCGCUCGGACCCUCGUGCUGACCCCUGGGCAGAAGAUGAACCACCGGCUGAUCGGUUGGUUCGUCGCCGGCGGUUUGGAACCGCUGGGGAGGGCUCUUCAGCUGCUAGUCAAGGAACAACUGCUUCACAAGCGCCGGCGCCCGUGGGCCCUGAAAACCUUCCACCUCCUAUCAACACCGUUGGCGACUCGGCCUCAAUUCCUGUGCAGAUCAUAGAGGACAGUUCACCCGAGCCGGAAGAGAAUGCACCCCUGCCAGAUGCACCGCCCGAGGAGCCGGUCGCUGUACAACCCCCGGCAGACGUAUCGCUCAAUCUUGACCCCACCGCGGCAGUUGAAGAACCUGCAACAAUACCAACUACAGACAAGCCUCCAGCUGCACAGAGUAACGUCCCUGCUGAGGAGGUCGCUGUCGCUGAUCCAGCUGAGCCCGCUGGUGAAGGCAUGGUGGCUCAAGAACCUGCCCCCCAGGUUCUAGAAGUAGGAGCUGAGAUAAAUGUAGCACCGGAACCAGUCGCUGCCCCAAUCGUCGAGCCCCAAGAAGUCCCUGCUGAGGCCGCUGUUGACGCUAAUGCUAUCGUCGAUGUCCCUCAUCCCGAACCUCCUAACAGGCUGGAAAGGCUUGUUCGCGUGCUCGAAGUGGCUCCUCCGGGAGUCAUAGACGAAGCGAGGGACGGUCUGCAGCGACUUCUGGGUCCUGACAUUUUACUACCGGAUGCGCCUGCCAGAGCUCAAGAAUAUUUGAUGGUGCUUCGCCGCCAGCGCACUAUCACCGAAGCUGAAUUUGUUGAGAUAUACGAGCUCCUACAAAAUCUCCCUGCGCGGAUUAAUGAGAGAACGAUCGCGGCCGCGCAGGCUAGGCAGGUUCAGGCUCACUAUCGCGGCGUUGCACAACAAGCAGAGGCAUCUCGCGACUCCUUAGGUGAUCGAGCUAUUCGCGUCAGGGACCUAUGGAUCUCGCAGAACCACCUUCAGACCCACAUUCAGGACCUGCAAGCCCAACUGAUCGAAGCAAAGGCCCAGUUGGUGGUGGUGACGGCCCAACUUGAGCAAGAGGAACCUCAGAUAGAGCAACCCUUAGCAGCCUUCGAAGCGAUGACUCAGAACUUGGCUCAAGCACGCGAAGCAGUCCGACAAGCGGAGCGAGCUGCUGCUGACACCAGCUUUCGUCUAGAUGAACACUUACUUCGCUUGACCCAUGCGGGUCGUAAACUUUAGGCCUCUUACUUCAGGCCCAUUUUGCUUUGUAUGAACAAACUUAAUAUUUAAUGUUUAAUAUUUAGCCCGCUUCGCUCGGCCCAAAUAUCACUUACAGUCUGACAAUUAAUGAUAAGUAAAACCGUUGAAAAGAUAACCCCAAUUUGGGCGGUUACCUCCUUGGAGACUGCCUUGCUUCCCACGCGUUUUCAAUAUCUUCCAUUUCCGAGAUUAUAGCAUUUAACUGCAUUGAUUCUCUCAUUGAUGGCGUUGAAAGUGCCUCAACUGCUUAUCGCGCGGUGUAGAGUUGGUCCUAUAAAUACCGGUUUCCAAAGAACAACGAUAACCAAACCACCAUGUCUUUCCCACAUAUACCCUCGCAAGACCUGUUGCUCUUUCUUCAGUUUCUAAAAUCUUCCCUCCAUGAU